AAAUAACGUGCUCGGACACAUUCGAAGUAACACUGGGCGCCGUUAGCUCAGCACACCCACACCCACACCCACAGCCAUGUCCUGGGAUACCGUCGCCAUCGCCACCACCCUCUCACUCUCCGACCUCCGUAACCACCCCCUAUCGUCUUCGACCCCACGACCCCCAUCACCCGCACUCACAUCCACUCCGACUCAGCAACAUCUGAAUUCGGGCGCCAAGCCGGAUUCAGAAGGAGAAGGAGAGGGCGAGCGCCUGUUGGACUUGAUCGACGAUGCGCGGUCGAGGAAUUAUUUUACGGUUUGUGCGCCGCUGACGAAUGAGAAGUGGAAGGAGAGAUGGAUGGGGAUGUGUUUGAUUCCGCCUGUGAAUGGACAUAGUGGAGGUGGGAAUGGGAAUGGGAGUGGGAGUGGGGAUGGGAAGCCGGGAGAGGAAGAUGGGAUGGGAGAGGAAGAGGCGAAGAAGAAGAAGGCGGAGAUUUUGGUGGAGAAACAGGCGGAGGCGUGGAGGGCUGCUCCUGGGUUUUUGAAGGAAGAGGUCACAAUGACAAGUUUAGAUGAAGCAGACGGUGUGAUCGUUAUGGUUUCGGACUGGUUAGAACUAGAUGCGGCGGACGAUUGGGUUAGACACGACUCUGAGAUUGCACUCCGACAAGAACUGGCCUAUGCCUCAUAUCUGAAUAUUCAGACCGUCAUUUUACCACCACCCCGAAACAGAGACCAAGCAGCUUCCUACGGCCGAGCUCUCAACGCCUGUCUUGCCGCCACCCCCUACAUCCAACUUUCCGUCCGUCUGCCCAUCUACGAUCCGUCCAUCUUCCAGCGCGAGAGACAUCAAAGCACGCACCCCCAAGCACCACAGCCUCUAUCACAGACAACGCCGCAACCACAAUCUCCACAACCACCACAAGCUCAAGCUCCACAACAACGUCCCCGAUCGCAAACAGUCCAACAGCUGCAGCGACAGUCAAAACCAUUCGGCCAUCAGCAUCGGCGUUCGUUAUCGAAAGGACUGGGCUCGAUCUCAUACACGAAGAUCUCAGAGUCGCCUACGAGUUCGUAUUUCGCGAGAUCUGCGACGCCUGAAAUCAAGGAACCGACCAGUUCGGCUAGUGCUGCGAGUGCGGGUACGGGUACUGGGAUUCCGUCGACGAAGGCACCGGAGGCGGAGUUGAAUGCGACGUGGGAGAUAUGGGAUGUCGUGCGUGCGGUGUGUGGGUAUAAUCCGCGAUUGACGCUCACUCUGGACCUUACCCCGCCUUUGCCCUCGGCAGCUGGUGUAUUGGAUAGAUGGGCCGCAGAGCCUAUAAGACACGUAUUCCUACCCGCUUCGACAUUCAUCGCCAACUCCAAGGGCUACCCCGUCCUUCCAAAAGUUUCGCAGACGUUCGUUCGUGACAUCAUGAAGCACCGACCAAUGGUUAUCCUCUCGGACGCAGGCGCAGGUCUACACAGCAGUGGUGGCGAACCCGCGUACCUCCAAUAUAUACGACACCUAGAGAAGACGAGUCCGGCCGUCAUGCAGGCAAAAACGGCGGGAACGGUGGAGAAUUUCGCACAGGGGUAUCAGGAUUACUUGCAGGCUCCAUUGCAGCCCCUCAUGGAUAAUCUGCAGAGCGUCACUUAUCAGACUUUCGAGCAAGAUCCAGUAAAAUAUCAAAAAUACGAGGAGGCUGUCUUCCAAGCACUCGACGACUGGCCGGAAGCAGACAGAAUUGUGCUCUAUGUCGCAGGUGCUGGGCGAGGAGGCAUCGUCGCUCGCUGUCUUACCGCCAUCAAACGCUCGAAACGAAACGUCUUCGUUUACGCACUCGAGAAGAACCCAAGCGCAUUCGUCACGCUACAGGGCCGGAAACAAAAUGAGUGGCGGGAUAAGGUGGAGCUAGUGUAUGGUGAUAUGCGCAUGAUACACGUACCAGAACCGGGAGAUAUCAUUGUGAGCGAGCUGCUUGGCUCGUUUGGCGACAACGAGCUCAGCCCGGAAUGUCUGGAUGGCGCGAUGAGAUUUUUGAAGCCCGAAGGAAUAUCCAUCCCUGCUUCUUACUCAGCCUAUCUUGCCCCUCUGUCCUCGUCGAAAUUGUACAACGAGGUGAGAGCAGGGAAGGAUCCAAAAGCGUGCGAGACACCGUUCGUCGUCAUGUUUCAAGCGGUCAAUAUUCUCAGCGGAGAUGGAGGUGGCGAGGAAGGACGUUGUGGCCCCAAAGUUCAGGAGUGCUGGGACUUUGAGCAUCCGCGUCGGGAUGCGGUACUCAACGAACAGGGAUUACCGCUAACGAACAGUCACAACGCUCGCUCUGCAAAGCUGACAUUUCAUAUUCCGCACGCGGGCGUCCUGCACGGGUUCGCGGGAUACUUUGAGGCAAUGUUGUAUGGGGACGUAGGGCUGAGCAUACAUCCCCUGCGCAAGGACCAAAUAUCCAAAGACAUGCUCAGUUGGUUCCCGUUAUUCUUCCCGCUAAAGGACCCACUCUAUCUCCCAAGCAACUCAGAACUACAAGUCUCCCUCUGGCGCCUCACCAACGCCCGUCAAGUCUGGUACGAAUGGUACGCCGAGUCCUUCCUGCCCGUCUAUCGACCGCGUCCGCCACCCUCCGAUCCCAUCUCGCAAGACCCACUCGGAACGCCCCGUAUCGACGGUCGUGGUUCAUUCAUCGCCACUCCUUCAACGCCACUUGCCACUCCAAGUCCUCUGAUCGACGCUAUCGACAAUCCAUUUGUGACCAUGUCGCCGUCAAUGACAGGGUCAGGCUCAGGGUCGAGGUUGUCGGAAAGCUUGAGGAGAAAGGGACUCGGGCUGAGGAUAAGUGGGAGUAUGGGUGGUGGAAUCGGAAGUGCGGUGGUGGCCGCUCCGGGUUCGGAUGGAAGCGAAGAAAGUGUGAAGGGGAGUGAUGGGGGGUUGGAGGCUGGGGUGGUUAAGAUUGGGCAGACUGCGUUGCAUAAUCCGGGUGGACAGAGCAGUUGGAUUGGGCUGUAAUGCGGGCUGUUUUUGGGGACAAUUCCAUGCGGGGCGGGCCAAUGAAUAAACU